UUUGCCUGUGGUGAAGAUGCCCAUGGUGUUCCCGUGAAGCUGAGGUAUGGCUGCUGGAAGGUUGCUGCUGUAUGCUGGCCUCUCUUUAGCUCUGUGUGCCCUGGGCAUGCUGGCUGUGGCGAUCUGCUCUGACCACUGGUACGAAACUGAUGCCCGGAAGCACAGGGAGAGGUGCAAAAGCAUCACCACUAAGAGAAAUGAUCCUGGCUUUAUUUACAACUCCAACAACAACCUGCCUCUCAGGGCCAGCAGGUCGAGGUUGGACCGCUGGGAAGGGAAACUCCUCUUGGCAAGGAACAGGAGGCAGAUCUUUGCCAUGAGUGCGGUCGACGAGUGCAACAGACAGUACAACUCAACCAACAUGGGGCUCUGGAGGAAAUGCCACCGACAAGGAUUCGACCAAGAGCUGGAGGAGCUGAUUGCCAAAGGAGCAAUUGAGCGGUGCUCAUACAUCAAGUACCACUACUCCUCAGCGACCAUUCCCAAGAACCUCACCUACAACAUCACCAAGACAAUCCGCCAGGAUGAGUGGCACGCCUUGCAUCUGCGCAGGAUGACAGCUGGCUUCAUGGGCAUGGCUGUGGCCAUCAUCCUCUUCGGAUGGAUUAUCGGGGUGCUGGGGUGCUGUUGGGAUCGAGGCCUUAUGCAAUAUGUGGCGGGGCUUCUCUUCCUCAUGGGAGGAACCUUCUGCAUCAUUUCACUGUGCACGUGUGUGGCUGGAAUCAACUUCGAGCUCUCCCGCUACCCCCGCUACCUGUAUGGACUUCCCGACGACAUCAGCCAUGGCUAUGGCUGGUCCAUGUUCUGUGCAUGGGGGGGCCUGGGCCUCACUCUUAUCUCUGGCUUCUUCUGCACUCUGGCCCCUUCUGUCCAACCUGUCCCCAGGACCAACUGCCCCAAAUCUAGACCUGAGAAUGGGACAGUGUGCUAA